AUGGGCUGCUCCUUUUCUUUUUCUGCAUUAUGGAUGGCUUUCAGCCUUGUUCUUGCACUGUCUGCCAUGGCACCUCGAACCGAUGCACGUGCAUUUUUCGUGUUUGGCGAUUCACUGGUUGACAGUGGCAACAACAACUACCUAGUUACCAGUGCUCGUGCAGACUCACCCCCUUAUGGCAUCGACUAUCCAACUCACCGUCCAACCGGCCGCUUCUCUAAUGGCCUCAAUAUUCCAGAUAUUAUCAGCGAGCAAAUGGGUAUGGAACCAACAAUGGCAUACCUGAAUCCAUUGCUGAAGGGAAACAAUCUUCUUGUUGGCGCCAACUUCGCUUCUGCUGGAGUUGGGAUCCUCAACGACACUGGAAUCCAGUUUCUGAAUAUCAUUAGAAUUGGGAAACAAUUAGAGUACUUUCAGCAGUACCAGACUCGUGUUAGUAGGCUAAUUGGACCUACAGAAACUCAAAGGCUAGUGAAUGAAGCCCUUGUGCUCAUUACCCUUGGUGGCAAUGACUUUGUCAACAACUACUACUUGGUGCCAUUUUCAGCUAGAUCUCGACAAUUUUCUCUCCCUGAUUAUGUCCGCUACCUGAUCUCUGAGUAUCGCAAGGUUUUAACGAGGCUCUAUGAAUUGGGUGCUAGAAGGGUUCUUGUGACAGGAACGGGACCAAUGGGGUGUGUGCCAGCAGAAUUGGCCCAAAGGAGCAGAACAGGUGAAUGUGCUGUGGAGUUACAGAGGGCUGCUUCAUUGUUCAAUCCACAACUGGUUCAAAUGUUGAACGGUCUAAAUAGUGAAAUUGGAUCUGAUAUCUUUAUUGCUGCUAACACAAUGCAAAUGAACUCCGACUUCAUCACAAAUCCUCAGGCCUACGGAUUUGUUACAUCAAAAAUAGCAUGCUGUGGACAAGGGCCAUACAAUGGGGUUGGACUGUGCACCCCGUUAUCCAACUUGUGCCCAAAUAGAGAUUUGUAUGCAUUCUGGGAUGCCUUCCAUCCAUCUGAGAGAGCCAACAGAAUUGUUGUGCAACAGAUCCUGACUGGCGACGACAAAUACAUGAAUCCCAUGAAUCUCAGUACCAUUUUGGCAUUGGAUUCCAGGAACUAA